UAACUUAAUUUUUUAAAAUAUUUUUUGCUUGGGAUACAAGCGACCCUCAUGAUGAUGCCCUCCUAUAAAUCCCCCAUAAACCCACACUCUUAAAGACAUUCUUUCUCUCUAUCCUUCCUUCAUUACAUAUCUUUGUUCAAUAUUAAUAUCUGAGAAUCAUUGAAAGUAGGAAAAAAAAAUGGCCGGUCGUUUAACCCGAGUUCCUAGUCUUAAGGAGCGUUUGGAUGAAACUCUUACUGCUCAACGCAAUGAAAUUCUCUCCUUCUUGUCUAGGAUUGCAAGUCAUGGAAAGGGGAUUUUACAACCCCACCAAUUAUUAUCAGAAUUUGAUGCUGUUUCUGACAAACAUAAGCUAUCUGAUGGCCCUUUUGGUGAAGUUCUAAGACACACCCAAGAAGUAAUUGUGUUGCCUCCAUGGAUCACCCUUGCUGUACGUCCGAGACCUGGUGUAUGGGAAUACAUCCGUGUCAAUGUCGAUGCGCUCGCCGUUGAAGAAUUGACCUCCUCUGAGUUCCUUCAUGUCAAGGAGGAAUUGGUUGAUGGCAGUGUGAAUGGUAACUUUGUGCUUGAGCUCGAUUUUGAGCCGUUUACCGCCUCGUUUCCCCGCCCUACCCUCUCCAAGUCAAUUGGAAAUGGGGUUGAGUUCCUUAAUAGACACCUUUCUGCUAAGAUGUUCCAUGACAAGGAAAGUAUGAAACCCCUUUUGGAUUUCCUUAGGAUGCACCAUUACAAGGGCAAGACCAUGAUGCUGAAUGACAGGAUCCAAAAUCUCGAUUCACUCCAAGGUGUUCUAAGAAAGGCAGAGGAGUUCCUAACAACACUUCCUGCUGAUACACCGUACUCAGAGUUUGAUCACAAGUUUCAGGAAAUCGGCUUGGAAAGAGGUUGGGGUGACACCGCUGAGCGAGUGCUGGACAUGAUUCAGCUACUUCUUGACCUUCUAGAGGCUCCCGAUUCUUGCACCCUCGAGAAAUUCCUUGGAAGGAUUCCCAUGGUUUUCAAUGUUGUGAUCCUCUCACCUCACGGUUACUUUGCUCAAGCAAAUGUUCUCGGCUACCCUGACACUGGUGGUCAGGUUGUGUAUAUCCUUGAUCAAGUUCGCGCUUUGGAGAAUGAGAUGCUUCAACGUAUCAAGCAGCAAGGACUUGAUAUCGUCCCACGUAUCCUUAUUGUAUCUCGUUUACUCCCUGAUGCAGUGGGGACCACCUGCGGCCAGCGUCUUGAAAAGGUGUUUGGUACUGAACACUCGCACAUUCUUCGUGUACCCUUCAGAACCGAGAAGGGUAUUGUCAGAAGAUGGAUUUCCCGAUUUGAAGUCUGGCCUUACCUUGAGACGUACACUGAGGAUGUUGCAAACGAAAUUGCUGGAGAGCUACAGGCUAAGCCUGAUCUUAUUAUCGGAAACUACAGUGACGGAAACAUUGUUGCCUCUUUGUUGGCCCACAAACUUGGAGUUACGCAGUGUACAAUUGCGCACGCUCUUGAAAAGACCAAGUACCCGAAUUCAGAUAUAUACUGGAAGUCAUUUGAGGAGAAGUACCACUUCUCUUGCCAGUUUACUGCUGAUCUCAUUGCUAUGAACCACACCGACUUUAUCAUUACCAGUACAUUCCAAGAGAUCGCUGGAAACAAGGACACUGUUGGACAGUACGAGAGUCACAUGGCUUUCACACUUCCUGGCCUCUACCGUGUUGUUCAUGGAAUCGAUGUCUUUGACCCUAAAUUCAACAUCGUAUCGCCUGGAGCUGAUCAGUCUAUCUACUUCCCUUACACCGAAGAGAAGAAAAGACUCACAGCUCUCCACCCAGAAAUCGAAGAGCUUCUGUAUAGUGAAGCCCAAAAUGAAGAACACAUAUGUGUUCUCAAAGACCAAAGCAAGCCAAUUAUAUUUUCCAUGGCAAGGUUAGACCGAGUCAAAAACAUGACUGGCCUUGUCGAGUGGUACGGUAAAAACGAGAAACUCCGUGAGCUAGUGAAUCUUGUGGUAGUUGCUGGUGACAGGAGGAAGGAAUCCAAGGACAUCGAAGAGAAGGAAGAAAUGAAGAAAAUGUACGGGCUUAUCGAGCAGUACAACUUGAAUGGGCAGUUCAGGUGGAUCUCAGCACAAAUGAACAGAGUGAGGAAUGGUGAGCUCUACAGGUACAUUGCCGACACCAAAGGAGCAUUUGUGCAGCCCGCUUACUAUGAGGCUUUCGGGCUCACAGUUGUUGAAUCCAUGACCUGUGGACUACCUACAUUCGCUACUUGCCAUGGUGGGCCUGCUGAGAUCAUUGUCCAUGGAAAAUCCGGUUUUCACAUUGAUCCGUACCAUGGAGACAAGGCUGCAGAUCUCCUCGUCGAUUUCUUCGAGAAGUCCAAGGCUGAUCCUACUCACUGGGAGACUAUUUCUAAGGGUGGAUUGAAACGAAUCGAGGAGAAAUAUACAUGGCAGAUUUACUCAGAUAGGCUCCUCACUCUUGCUGGUGUAUAUGGUUUCUGGAAAUAUGUCUCAAACCUUGACCGUCGUGAGGCUCGUCGUUACCUUGAAAUGUUCUACGCCUUGAAGUACAAGAAGCUUGCUGAGUCGGUACCUUUGGCGAUUGAGGAGUAAAAACGAUCGGUGAAUGCUUUGAAUGAGCUGCAGCAUACCUUUGCUGGUUGUGAAAAAUAACUCAAAUUCUUUGAGAUUGUUAUAGGGAAGAAAUGGAAGUCUUCCUGUAUUUCUUUUGUUAUUUGGUGUUUUUUUGUUUAGCAGUUCAUUUUGUGUUGCUAUUUUCGGCAAAUAUUAUUAUGAUUGUAGAGGGAACACUUCUGUUCCAAUUUGUAAUGAAGAAAGUUCAAUUUUCUGUCUAAAAUGAGUGCUCAAUUAAAGCCUAAUUAUUUCUAAUAUCACCAAGAACGAAUAUAUAAAGUUGCUUUGAAGAACCUUAACACCACUAAAGUUGGAGUAUGAUCCAAAGCCUAUGGGGUGUUUGCCAAUUGACUGUUGGCUUUUUAAUUGGCUUGUUUGACUAGCUGAAAAU